AAGUAGAAACAUGACAAAAAUGCCCACUAUAACAGUGUAGUCAACAAAUGGACGCCAAUCGGCGUGCUCCGAGCGACCGAGCCUAUACAAGAUUCGAGUAAAGAACAAAUCGGGAGAAUCAAGUCCAUUCCUCUGGCAAGCUCCGGCCACGGAAUUCAAAUACAACUCUACCCAUCUCUCUUUUAUAUUCUGCUCCAACUCUUUUCCACCAGCUCCCACCUCAUCUCCCUCCUUUCUAAUUCAACUUAACCUGCACUUACGCCCAUCAAUUAAUCAAUGGCGUCUUCCUCCUUUCUCAAGUUACUAACCCUAAAACCUCUUCAUAAACCCCCCUCUUCUUCGAUUAUCAUCAACCAUUUUUCUAACAUGAAAUUCACUUUCCGAUCAUUCUCCGCCGCCAUGUCGCCGCCUUCCACCGCCGUUAUGUAUGAUCAGGAGGGCCCCCCUGAUUCCGUCACCAAAAUGGUGGAGCUACCCCCGGCUGAAAUAAAAGAGAAUGAUGUUUGUGUUAAGAUGCUUGCUGCUCCUAUCAAUCCGUCCGAUAUCAAUAGAAUUCAAGGUGUAUACCCUGUGAGGCCACAGGUUCCAGCAGUUGGUGGGUAUGAGGGAGUUGGAGAGGUACACUCAUUAGGAUCUGCAGUGAAGGGUUUAUCUCCUGGCGAUUUAGUCAUUCCAUGUCCACCAAGUUUUGGUACAUGGCAGACAUAUGUGGUGAAAGAGCAGAGUGUUUGGCAUAAAGUUGCUAAGGGGACACCAGUAGAAUAUGCUGCCACUGUGUUUGUUAACCCUUUGACGGCCUUAAGAAUGCUCGAGGACUUUGUGGAUCUAAAUCCAGGAGAUUCCAUUGUGCAGAAUGGGGCUACAAGCAUCGUUGGACAGUGCAUCAUCCAGCUUGCUCGAAUUCGUGGUAUCAGGAGCAUUAAUAUUAUAAGGGACAGAGCCGGAUCAGAUGAAGCAAAAGAAAAGCUAAAAAAGCUAGGUGCAGAUGAAGUAUAUACAGAGAGCCAACUGGAUGUGAAAAAUGUGAAAAGUCUCCUGGAUAAUAUUCCUGAACCAGCUUUAGGAUUUAACUGUGUGGGCGGAAAUGCUGCAACACUGGUUAUGAAAUUCUUGAGGCAGCGAGGAACCAUGGUAACAUAUGGUGGGAUGUCGAAGAAACCUGUCACUGUAUCAACAUCGGCCUUCAUAUUUAAGGAACUCUCCUUAAGGGGAUUUUGGUUGCAAAAUUUGGUGAGUUCUGCUAAAGGAGAAGAGUGCAAGAGUAUGGUAGAUUACCUUUUGGGCCUCGCGCGUGAUGGGAAAUUGACAUACGGGAUGGAAUCGACCCCAUUUAAGGAUUUCCACAUAGGGUUGGAUAAAUCAUUGGGGAAGCUAGGAAGCCAGCCUAAACAAAUCAUUAAAUUUUAACGGGGAUUAUAGAAUGGAAGAUAUUUAAAGAGUUAGGUUAAGAAGAAAGAGAUGGAAGGUACUAGAGGAAGAAAGAGGAGAGUAUUCAGGAAGUAUGUUUGUUAUGCAAGUAUACAUCGUGGGUUACUGUGGCCUUGACAGAUAUAUCCUUCUUCCACUUUUCCUGGACUAUCAAUCAGGAGAAAUAGAGUUUAGUUUAAAUGUUAUUCUAAUGGCGGUUUGUAUAGUUUAAUCGUACUCUGAAUUUUCCAUAAAAGAAGAACUUUUUGUUUAAUUUGACACAGUUUGAGUUAUGCUAAAUAAGUUUUCUCGCUGUUUGUUUA